UGAAGAAAUGAUUUCAGAUUAAAAUAUUUUCGAUCAGGUGACAGUUUCCGAGAAGCUGCAAUUUUAAUUUUUCAGUGAAGUUACAAACUUGUUUCGGAAGGUGCCAAUGUCUUGCUUUCUGUGAACGGCCAAAGGUGAGACAUCGCUAAGUUUUCUCAACAGAAAUCGCGUCGCUUUCCGGUUCCGUUUAAUGACAUCGCGGCGAGAGUUUACUCGAGGGAGCUGCACCGGGAACAUCCAGCCGUCGGCGAAUUAGUCCGAGGCUCCACGAUGGACGGUGCCGGUGGAUGCAGAAAGGAAACCCCAAACCAUCGAUCACCAUCUCGUUUCCGCCUGAACUGAAUGUGUUCAGCAGCGCAGCAACAUUGAAACUGAAAGCGGUUUGAAUCAGGAAGUGCUGAGCGUGAACAUGGAUUCCAGGCAGCAGGUCCACAGUUUGAUCGAGGAGGCAAUUUGUCCCAUUUGUCUGGAUUUCUUUACCGACCCGGUUAUACUGGAUUGUGGCCGCUCCUGUAUCACCCAGAGUUGGGAAAAGCAGGAGAGAAACUCCAGCCCGGAAUGUAGACAGGAAUUUCCAGAAAAAAACCUCAGGGUGAAUCGGGCCUUAGCGAAUCUGGCCGAGAAAGCUCGACAAUUAAAUCUGAAUCCACAAGAGAAGGAAAGUAAAUCUCACUGUGAGGAACAUCAGGAAGAACUGAAGCUGUUUUGUGAAACUGACAAGAAAUUGAUCUGUCUGAUUUGUAGAGAUUCCCGGGAACACAAAUCCCACAACUUCAUGCCGAUUAAAGAAGCUGUUGGAAUCCACAAGGAUCGGGUGAAAUCUUCUUUAGAUUCUCUCGCAGAGAAGAAAUCGGAGGCUCUAGAAAUGGGGCGGCAGCAGAAACAAAAGAUUUCCCAAAUUCAGGAGGAAUCCAGAAACCUUCAGACCCACAUCACGUCCGAAUUUGCUCAAAUGCACCAGAUUCUCACUGAGAAAGAGCAGCGUUUACUCCGAGAUCUCAGUGAACAAGAGGAAAACACUCUGAAACCAAUGGAGGAAAACCUUUGUGAAAUUCAAGAUAAUUUAAAGUCUAUUCAGGAGAAACUUUCAAAGUUGGAAAAACAGUUGUAACAAACAGACGGAGUGAUAUUCCUGAAGGAGGAAGCAUCUCGGAAAAGGAGGAUCAGCGAUGAGAUUGGUUGUAUACUGUCACGAACAGAUGGUGUCCAGUCCACCAAAAAAGCCAACAUCCUUUUUCCAUUUCCAGUGUGGACAGAAGUGGUGGAGGCCAUGAAACCUAAUAAAGUCUCUGUGACCCUGGAUGUGGAAACAGCGAAUCCCCGGCUCGAGGUGUCUGAGGAUCUGAAGAGUUUGAGACUGACCAGGACCCGGAGGGAUCUCCCUGUCACCGGGAAGAGGUUUACUGACUGGGUCUGUGCCCUGGGAUCAGAGGGAUUCACAUCGGGGAGACAUUACUGGGAGGUGAAGGUGGUGGGGAAUCGGGACUGGAGUCUGGGAGUAGCCUCAGAGUCUGUGGAGAGGGAGGGCUGGGUCAAUCUGAUCCCGGAGAAUGGAUUCUGGAUCAUUGAGCGGGUUGAGGAUCAGUUUUAUAUAAACUUCCCUCGAACCCCUCUCCAUGUCGGUCAGGUCCCCGGGAAGGUGGGAGUUUAUCUCAGUUAUGAGUCUGGGACAGUUUCAUUCUAUGACGCGGACACCAUGUCCCAUCUCCACACCUUCACUGGGAAUAAAUUCACUGAGAAACUUUAUCCUUACUUUCACAGUUGGAAUUUAAACCAGUUUCUGAAAAUCUGCUCCUGAAGGGGCGGGGCCUCCCUGACCUCACAAUGACCUGACCCCGGGAUUAGGGUCAGGGUCAGAGGUCGGGGGCAGAAACGUGUCAUUGAGUUUCCAGAUUUUACUUUGUAAAAUCACAAUCAGUCUGUAAAUAAAACUAAUACAAGGAUAAAUGUUGGAGAAUUAAAAUAAAAAGUAAAUUAAA